AUGAUGCCAGCUGACAAUCACACCUUUUUUGCCCCCGUGAUCUACAUCCUGACUGGCAUCCCGGGUACGGAGGAGUCUCAUGUCUGGAUCUCCAUCCCCUUCUGUCUGAUGUACAUUGUGACACUUUUUGGGAACUCUCUCCUACUAUUCAUCAUACUAACAGAACAAAGCCUCCAUGAGCCCAUGUAUCUAUUCGUGUCCAUGCUGGCUGCUGUUGAUCUGCUGUUAUCUACCACAGCAGUGCCCAAGAUGCUGGCUGUAUUCUGGUUUGGAGCAGGGGAAAUUUCUUUUGCUGCUUGUCUGACCCAGAUGUUCUUCAUCCAUGUCAGUUUUAUGGCCGAGUCGGCCUACACGGGCAUCCUGCUGGCCAUGGUGUUUGAUCGAUACGUUGCCAUCUGUGACCUCUUAAGAUACACCUCCAUACUAAGCAAGUCUGUGAUCGGGAAGAUUGGGCUGGCAGUUGUCACAAGAAGUUUCUCUAUCAUUUUCCCCGUCAUCUUUAUGGUGAAGCAGCUGAAGUUCUGCAGAACCAACCACCUGCCUCACACCUAUCAUGAGCACAUGGCCAUAGCCCGGCUGGCUUGCGACGACAUCACAGUCAAUUUCUGGUAUGGUAUAUUUGUGGCUAUUUUAGCAAUUGGUUUGGAUGCUGUGCUCAUUGCUGUAUCUCAUGGGCUGAUCCUCAGGGCCGUUUUCCAGCUCCCAUCGAAGGAUGCCCGGUGCAAGGCUCUCCGCACCUGCGGCUCCCACAUCUGUGUCAUAUUGAUGUUCUACACACCCGUCUUUUUCCUCAUUUUUGCACACCGAUUUGGGCAUAUAACCCGAGGUUAUAUUCUUAUCCUACUGCCCAACCUCUAUGUGCUCAUUCCUCCAAUGUUAAACCCCGUCGUUUAUGGGGUGACAACAAAAGAGAUCCAGAAACAGGUGAUCAAUGUGUUUUAUCGGUGGUGCAGGAGAAGCUCCCUGCUGAGCUAA